AAUUUAAAGUGAAAUUGUAAAACACGUAUUGCACACACGUGUUGACAGACUUCAUCAUUCAAACAAUGUUUAAUACUUUUUGCAAACAAAUAAAAUUUAAUUGGUUUUAAGUUUCAACAUUGAUGUUGUGUUGUUUUAUGUUUUAUUAAUCAUUUAUUUUAUUUAUCAAAAGUCAUGGCGUCAAAAUAAUUUACAGACACUAUAAGCUCUGUGUUUACCCAGCUCAAUAGUAAAGGUUUCUAAGCGGACUAUUAGAUCGAUACUACACUACAAUAAGACACAAAAUAUCAUGUUUUAUUAAGUUGCCUAAUAUAUUUUUAGCAAUAAUGGCAAGUGCAAAUUCUGAAUGUGAUUUAACUUCUAUGUUUAUGCAAAGAGGUGAUGGCAAAAGGGUAAAAAGUCCAACAAGAUCUGAAUCAGCUUCCAGAAGAAGUUCCCUGGUAAAACCUAAUUUACCAGCCGAGGUUAUCACUGUCAAAGAUUUUUUCGACUUUAUGAAAACUGCCUACCAAGUAUACGAACACUUGGAAGGUGAAGAAGACGAAGGAUCAAAAAUAAACUGGGAGGAGUUGACGAAACUGACAGUGUUAAACCACGUCAUCGAGCAGCAGGAGAGAGACCUGUUGUAUCAGACGGCGUUCAGCGAACAGAAGACCAUCACCAGCAAGAGCGACACUACGAUCGAGAAGAAAAGCAAUGACCUCUUGCGCGUUGAGAAACGGUACAGCUGCAGUGAAAUCGAGGGAAGGUGCCGCAGACGCUCGCUGCCUCCGCAAGCCCGCGUGGAGAUGCUGGGGGUGUGGACGGAAGCUAACCUUAACUGCAAGCUGAAUGACGUAAUUAAUGAAGGAAUACUGGAUUCCAUUCUUCCAUAUUUAGUCGGCUAUAAGAAGCCAUCCAAGACGACGAGUGUGUAUGCGCCCAUCAUUAAGAGUACUCCGCCCAACUCGUCCACGGACGUCAAAAAGCCCGCCAGCUUCGGAGGAUUCGUCAACGAGAAAGAAUCAAGGGAUCGUCUCGGUCGACGCAAGUCGUCGGUGGCGGCUGGUCAGGACCGCGCGAAUCAAAAACAAGACGGCGACGUGGAGAUCCACGUGUGCGACGAGGUGAAGGGGCUGAAGAAGGACUUCCGCUGCGCGCAGAAGCUGCUGGUGGCCAAGAUGGGCUACUUCGCCGACGUCACGGCCGGCCAGCGCCUCGAGGACAUGGACAUCUCCGUGCACUGCGACAUCCAGAUCUUCGAGUGGCUGAUGCGCUGGGUGAAGCGCGACUCCAUCCUGGUGGCGGACUGGCCGCUGCUGGACGCGCACAACGUCGUGCCCAUCCUCGUGUCCGCCUCCUUCCUGCAGAUGGAGCCCCUGCUGCACGACUGCCUGAUCUACUGCCACGCGCACAUGAGCGACAUCGUGAACACUUCCACUAACUUGGCGUGUCUCAGUGACGCCCUGCUCACUAGGUUGGCGGCCAUGUACACCAACGCGGAGCUGGAGGCCGUGCGCGACCGCAAGGACAAGAUCCAGUCGCGCCUGUACUGCAAGCUGAUCCUGGCGCUGGCCGAGCCCGUGCCGGAGACGCUGCGCGGCCACCACGCCUCGCUGGCCGCGCUCUUCAAGUGCAGCAGGUGCCACAAGCUGCUGGGCCGCCACGUGGCGGAGCAGGUGCCGUGCCAGCCCGCCAGCAUGCGCAUCGACCGCCGCGGCAACGUGGUCUCCGCGCACGCCAAAGUGAACGUCAAGGGAUCCCGCGUGGAGCUUGAACGAGUACAUCACGUGGUUGUACGGAGAGCUGCGCGCGUGGCGCCGCGUGUACUGGCGCCUGUGGGCCGACUGCCACUUCCUGCGCUGCCAGCUGUGCGACUCCUUCUUCCCGGCCUACCAGAUGGAGUGGUGCUCGCACCACGAGCAGGGCCCGCACAUGUUCGCGCGCGAGGGCCGCGCGCCGCUGGCCGCCGGGCGCCACGCCUGCUGCGGCGAGCGCGCCUACCGCUUCGAGACGCUCACGCGGAACACGGUGCGCCGUGCGUGUCACACCUUUGGGGCUCACCCGUAGUCCUCGAAUGCCCUCAGGGCUGCCAGUUCCGCGAGCACGUGCCCGACGAGCGGCUGGCGGCGGACGCGGCCGUCGCGGAGCUGUACGCCGGCCUGCGGGACGUCAUCGCCAUGCGCCCGCCGCAGCUGCUGCUGCCCGAGCGCCUCACGCGGCUCGUGCCCAGAGAAUCGGGUGACGAGUCGGGCGGGCGGCUGCAGUGCAAGGAGGUGUUCUGGUGGGAGGGCAUCCAGCUGGUGCCGCCGCGCCCGCCGCUGGGCCUGCUGGGCAAGCUGUACACCAGCAACAGCAAGUUCAACCCGAACGCGCGGCCUGGCUCGCCUGCUUUGGGCACGACUCGCACGUCCGCGCAGUCGCUCGCAGCUAACUGCUCCAGUGGCCCGUGCGCGUCCCCAGACAGCCGCGAGGUUACUCCGAAGCCGCUCAAAGAAGAAACUCCGAAAAAUAAGCCAGGUGCCGGCGCGCCGCACGCCGCCGACGGAGGCGCGGGCGGCGAGGCCGCGGCCUCCGACUGCGAGCGCAGCGACCAGAGCUCCGACAGCGGCGCCAGCGACGAGGACGCGCCGCGUCCCGCGCUCGCCGGCCCGCGCCCGCCGCCGCCGCCCGCCAGCACGCAGGCGCGGCGCGGGCGCGCGGCGGGGCGCGUGUGGCUGGCGGCGCAGUCGGCGCGCAGCAACCAGGACGGCCAGCGCCGUUUCGAGGAGCGCGCCGCCGCCGCCAUGCGCGCCGCGCUCGCCCGCCGCCACCAGCACGCGGCCGCCGCGCGCGCGCUCCCCGGUACGGCGGCGCCAUCGUGCGCCUGGAGGCGGAGUGGCGCGAGCGGCACGGCGGCGCGGCGGGCGGGCGGCGCGGCGCCGCGACCACCGCGCGCCGCCACGCGCCGCUUAAGUUCAAGUGAAGGCGCCGCGCAAGAGACGCGCCCGCACAGCGGCAGGCGCUGUCGACUCAAUAUAUCCUGA